GCUGCGCGGGGGUCGUUAGUAAACUCGCGCAUGCUGGUGUUCACCCGCCUCAUCGCACGCGCCCACAUUCUUCACCACGGUCAGCUUUACCGGCGGUGCGUCCCGCGGCUGAAACGCAGCGCUCGCGAAGGCAAAACAACAGUAAAGCACCCAACGGGGCUUCACAUGCACACAGUCCGCUGACAGGCACCCAAGGGCAGGCGAGACUCCCGUGCGCCACACAACACACGAGGACCAUGGAGAGCGCAAGCAACAACUCGGAAACGCUCCUCCAGAGCCAUGUCUCCAUGCUUUACAAUAACAGCAGCUUCUGUGGGAACUUCAGUAGUGAAAACAACAACACCACCAGCGGCUUCGUGGAGGCGAGAUGCGACGGGGAGCGAGGGCUGACCGGCCGCCUGGAGGACGACACCAACCCGGUCAUCAUAGCCAUCGUUAUCACCGCUCUCUACUCCAUAGUGUGCGUGGUGGGGCUAGUUGGAAACGUGCUGGUCAUGUAUAUCAUCGUCAGAUACACUAAAAUGAAGACCGCCACCAACAUCUACAUCUUCAACCUGGCUCUGGCCGACGCCCUGGUCACCAGCACGUUACCCUUCCAGAGCGUCAACUACCUGAUGGGCACCUGGCCGUUUGGAAACAUACUGUGCAAGAUGGUGAUGUCCAUCGACUACUACAACAUGUUCACCUCCAUCUUCACGCUCACCACCAUGAGCAUCGACCGAUACGUCGCUGUGUGCCACCCGGUCAAAGCGCUCGACUUCAGAACGCCGCGAAACGCCAAGAUCGUCAACGUCUGCAACUGGAUCCUCUCCUCGGCCAUCGGGCUGCCCGUAAUGUUCAUGGCCUCCACUGCCGUCACUCCCUCCAGCAUUGUCGACUGCAAGCUGAUAUUCCCUCACCCCCCCUGGUAUUGGGAAACUCUGCUGAAGAUCUGCGUGUUCAUCUUUGCCUUCAUCAUGCCCGUCCUCAUCAUCACCGUCUGCUACGGCCUCAUGAUCCUCCGGCUGAAGAGUGUCCGCAUGCUGUCGGGCUCCCAGGAGAAGGACAGGAACCUGCGUCGGAUCACGCGCAUGGUCCUCGUGGUGGUUGCCGUCUUCAUUGUAUGCUGGACCCCUAUCCACAUCUUUGUCAUCAUCACGGCUCUGAUCAACAUCCCCAGCUCCACGCUGCAGACCAUCACCUGGCAUUUCUGCAUUGCCUUGGGCUACACCAACAGUAGUCUGAACCCAGUCCUUUACGGCUACCUGGAUGAGAACUUCAAGCGUUGUUUCCGUGAGUUCUGCACCCCGAGUCCCUCUGUGGUGGAGAUGCAGAACUCGUCCCGGACCGGAUUAACCAGCCGCAAGCUCCCACAGCGCUCCCACAACAGCGCAAACACGGGAGAUAGGUCCAAUCAACAGGUAUGACUAGCCUUGGAGGGGUCGUCGGUGGACUCUCGCUGUUGUGGUGGCGUAACCAACGACGACCUCAACUCGGAGGUCACACAGGUCACCACAGGGCUCUGACCUCGCAAACAACAGCCUUUACUCUAAAACUGAUUAAGAAAUGGGUUUGAGACAGAAAGUCAUUACAGUGCGACUCCUAACUGAAGAAGCUUUUGCACUCAAUUGAAGUCAAUGCUUUUUAAGUUUUCAUUAUCACUAUAAUAAUAUAGGCUGUACCGAAUGAAGAUGUGCAGUGAACAAAGACAGCUGUAUUUAUUAAAAGCCACCCACACGAGAAACAUAAAUGAUUUUUUCUGUAUGCUCCAGACAAACCUUCGUCAUCGAUUUAAUCCUCCUCUCAUCCUACCGCUAAUUAUCUAGGUUGUAAAAAGAAUCCAUGAAUUGUCUUGUUUGCAGAGAACAAAUGACUUCCCUCCAAUCUGUCAUUCUUUUCUCCGGAUGUUUUCUCCUUGAAUUGUUAGUACGUUUGAGAGUGUAAAUGUGGAUUUAUGGGAGUCACUGGACAAUAAUGGAUCUAAUCCAGUUUUGGACUUGUGUUAUCAAAAGCUCAAAGGCUUCACGGAUCUCUCACCACAAAAAUACAUCACCAGUCAGGAGGUAUUUUUCAGUUCAUUUACUCCACCAGCUGUUCUUUCCAUCCCUUCUGUAUGGCUUCCACCCUAUUGACGCUGUUCUCCAUUCAUUGAUCUGCACAGUAAGACGCUGGCUUUGGCCACUUCAGGAAGAUCGACCAUGUUGACAUGAAACUGUGCUCCCUCCUCUCGACGCAGCUAACCUUGUGUUGUCCAUCAAGCCCCCCUCAGUGUUCAUUCUUUCAUUCUUCUAUUUUGAUAGAGUCCCUGUAAAGAAGUGUUAUACCCUUUUUCUGGACUUAUCCAUAAGCAGAGCUCUUUCUGCUGAACUGUACUAACCUCUGAAUGUACAGAAUGAAAGAAAACAGCUGUGUUUAUCACGCUGCGUCCUGAACUAUAGAUCCUCCAAACCAGCAAAGACGAUGCAUUAAGCCUGUUUGCACAGCACAGAGCUGCUGCAGCAUAAUUGCGAACACAUGGUACCACUAGUGUAUCAUUAACUACAGCUUUGGGUUUAAUGGAGUCAUCUCCCCACUAAAGAAGUUAAUAAGUGAGCCAAGCAGGAUUGUACAUUCGCCGUAAUAUUUGAAAUUGCUUGUGCUUACGUGUUGUGCUGUAUGCUUCUCUUGCCUGUUGCCUUUACAGUAGCUCUACUCGAUAUUCUGUGUGCUAGUAUUUUUUUAAUGAAGAUGAACUUGAUUGUAUUUCACUUAUCUCCCGUGUAACAUACUAGUAUUAUGUUACUUUUUUUAUAAACAUGACAUCAUGAGGUUGCAAAGAAAGGAUCUUGUGAUGAUCAUGGUGGACGAGAAAGUUGCUGUGCUUUUAAAUGUACAUUUUGUCAUAUUGAAUCAGCCAUGUUACUGAAGAAAUGUAUAUCAGAAAACGUGUGUAAAUCUUCAAGUCAUUUUGACUGAAAACCUAUGAGAGGAUGUCUUUCUGUACAUACAGGUCUAUAUUUGGUAUUGCUGCUUUCAGUGAAUAAAAAACAAAAAAACAUAAUUAUUUUCAGUCAUCAAGCCACAACAAAGGAGAAACUGUUAAAACCCAUGUGGCCUAACUGUUAGAGAUUGGUAUAUUACAAAACAGCAGCUGAGUCUUGUAUUGAAUGUUUAAGUGCGACAAAAUGUACAUUUGUCACCUAGUAAUGUUAUUGAAUGAGUUCCAGAAUAAAAGUUAAGAAGGAUGAAAUAUGUAGCAUAGGUUUAAAAAGUAAACAUACGCAGAAUAUUUUUCCAGAAGACAUACAGUUUCAGCUUCUAUCUUUCAGUAUAUUAUCAUGAUGUAGCCAAUAUUUUACAUUCAGGUCCCCUUUUACAGGUUUCUUGUAUUAAAAUUGAGGUUUUUAACCAGCCCAUUGUUUAACAUUAACUAGCUAACUACAGCUGAUACCAUAUGAGAUUUAUUUUAAACAUCUACAUCUGUUUGAAGUCGAGCACAAGUUUGAAAGGUGCAGCAUAACCUCAUCCUAAAUAAAUGGUAUUUAUUCAUCAAGUGAUGAAGAAAUGAAUAUACAUUUUCCAGAAGAAAAACACAUUUGUACUAUUAAAACACGCAUCCCCCAUGAAGGAUAUAUUCUUGAAGAUUCAUUUAAAUAAAAUGUAUUAGAUGCUUUCCUUGAUCUGUACAGACACCACUAUUAAACUCUUUUUUAUCAUGUACUUGUUAACAUGGCUUGUGUAUCUAUCAUAACUUGUCUUAAAAUGGCAUUUAUUGUAUGUUAAUGUGAAAAAGACAAUUUAUUCUAUAUGUACAACACUAUGUAAAACAACACACACAAUCUAACUGUUAAUCAGUGCAUUGUCUAUGGAAUAAAUGUAUCUCUGAAUCUCACUGAAUGCCUUUUUUCUUGCAUCUGAAUAAAGUAUCAUCUACA